AUGGGCCAGAAGAUAUUCAUCGGUAUAUCCCUGUUUGUUCAUAUAAACGCUCUAUAUUUUGCGAUUCGUCUAUUCUUCGCAUUAGUGAAGACAUUGCGAGAGUCGAAAAAAAUUCUAGGCCGACGCUUGCCAAUUAACUCGAAGCUGUCAGAAGAUAUGGAAGAUGAGACUUUAUGUGAUCCUCAAGACGCCAUUUCGCUUGAAAGUCUUGGGGUCAAGUUGCCGGUAGACAAGUUGCAACUUCUUCCCGUUAACGAGAUCAUUCAUGCGAUAAUUCUUCCAAAUUACAAGGAGGAUUUCGACACCCUCAGAACCACUAUUUCUGUUCUUGCUAGUCAUCCAAGGGCUGCGACCCAAUAUGAGAUCUACCUUGCCAUGGAACAGAAAGAGACUGACGCGGCAGAAAAAGCGGUCAAAUUAAUUUCAGCUUUCGAAAUGAGAUUUGGCCAAAUUCAAGCAACAUUUCACCCUUUUGGAGUACCGGGAGAGAUUGCAGGCAAGAGCUCUAAUGCUGCUUACGCCGCUAAGCACAUUAUCGACGUACACUCAAGAGAUGACCAAUCUGGUGAAAUGGACACAAUGAUCACGGUUAUUGAUGCCGACACGCACCUAUUGCAGGAUUAUUUUACUGAGAUCCAACGCCUCCACUUCGAUGACCUCGUCUCCCCUGGGCAGUCCUUCUACUCAUGUCCCAUCAUAUUUGAUCGAAACUCAGCAGAAACCCCCGUCUUAGUCCGGUGCGCUGAUCUCAUGUGGGGAUUUGCCGGCAUCUCAGCAAUGUACCCAGGGUCUCCAAUUUCAAUCCCAACCUCCGUUUACACCCUUCCCUUAUCUUUGGCAAAGAAAGCAGGGGGGUGGGAUAGCAACGCGUCUGCCAUCGGUGAAGAUAUGCACAUGAUGCUCAAGUGCUACUUCGCCAUGGGCGGGAAUAUCACAACGCGGGUCGUGUACAGCGCGGCCAGCCAAUGCAAUAUUUCAGCCGAUGAUAACCGAGGCUGGCGACGGACCAAGGACAUUUUGGAAGCGCGCUAUCGUCAGGCCCUGCGCCAUAUGUGGGGUGCCCUGGAUACAGGAUUUGCUAUCCGUAAGAGUGUUGGCAGCCUUACGCGUCCUAACUGGCGCUUAUUUUUCAGCUGGAAACAAUGGGCACUAGCACAUCUUCUCUGGGAAGCGCUCUUCCAUGUCACUUGA